CUCUUCGCUCGUGAUGUCCGGCAGCUGUCUCCGAUUCUGCCGCAGGAUUAACGUUAGGCUCUGCAUCUAUGUCCUCAGCAUCCUCCUCCCGUUUGCCCUGUCUCCAUUAGCGGCCUCGACCCACAAGGAAUCAAAAUGUACUUUCGUCAUGAUUCUGGUAGCUUGUUAUUGGCUCUUCGAACCUGUUCCAGUAGCGGUCACGGCCUUGCUUCCAGUCGUGCUGUUCCCGACUCUAGGAAUUGUCAGUUCGACAGAAAUAUGCACAAACUACAUAAAGGAACCUUUUAUGAUGUUUAUUGGAGGACUGAUAGUUGCAAUCGCAGUUGAAGAUUGCAGGCUACAUGAAAGAAUAGCAUUAAAAGUACUGCUGAUGAUUGGAACUGAACUAAAAUGGCUGAUGUUCGGGUUCAUGUUGACAACUAUGUUCCUGUCGAUGUGGAUUAGCAACACGGCAACAACAGCGAUGAUGGUACCGAUCAUUGAAGCGGUUAUCGGGAAAAUUGCUCUCAAGAGCGACAACUUAGCUCUUGAUGACAACAAAGACAAAAUUUCUCUUACCGAAAGCAAACAAGUGGAAGAACCAGAAGACGAUAACUUUCUUACAAAAACAUCCUUAGAACAGGAGAAGAAAAACGACACUGAUAUUUCAACUAUAAAGAUAGCUCUGCUUUUGAGCGUCUGUUACGCUGCUAAUAUAGGAGGAACCGGUACUCUCACCGGUACAGGGCCAAAUCUAGUCUUUAAAGGAUUAAUGGAAGAACUUCAUCCGGAUAGUGACGAAAUAAAUUUCGCUACGUGGAUGAUGUAUAACAUUCCGGGAAUGGUUCUCUGCGUUCUGAUCGGAUGGACGUAUAUUUGGCUGGUGUAUAUCCGGUUUUCAAAACAAUCGCAGAAUAUUGCAUCCAAAAGCAGUAUAAAAGAUAUCAUUUCGAAGCGCUAUGCCGAUUUAGGAUCUUUGAGGUCGCAUGAAGCACAGGUUCUGGUUUUGUUUGUUAUUUUGGUUGUUUUGUGGAUUUUCCGGGAUCCGAAAUUUAUAACCGGCUGGGCAGGAGCCAUGCGCUCCGACACCAAAAUUGGUGACUCCGUUCCUGCCAUCGGGAUUGCCUUUCUCAUGUUCCUCCUCCCGUCGAACAUCCGGGACUGGAGCAGUCGUCCGAUUCUGGAAUGGAAAACAGCUCAGGCGAAGCUUCCGUGGGGAGUGAUUAUUCUAGCUGGUGGAGGAUUCGCCCUGGCUGAUGCUGCACAAAAAUCAGGUCUUUCGCAACUUCUUGGAGAAAAGCUGUCGUCCUUGGCUGUUCUGUCUCCAGGAGCGAUAGCAGCGAUCGUCUGUUUCAUGACGGCUAUGAUGACAGAAAUAGUUACGAACACGACAUCCGCCACCAUUCUUCUUCCAGUUUUUAGCCAAAUGGCUAUUUCUAUUGGAGUAAAUCCAUUGUUUUUGAUGCUACCAGUCACUGUUGUUUGUUCAUACGCUUUCAUGCUUCCUGUUGCAACUCCUCCCAAUGCCAUUGCAUUCGAAAGUGGUAAUAUGAAGACUGUCGACAUGGCUAAACCUGGACUAGUAAUGAAUCUAGUAUGCUGUGCAGUUCAACUUUUCAUGCUUAACACACUUGGAGUGGCCAUGUUUAACCUCAAUGAGUUUCCAAAUUGGGCAAAUAACAGUCAAAUUUCAAUGGACAGUGAUUUAAUUUCUAAAUACAAUAACACUUUCACAAAUAUGACUUCUCAAAGUACGAAUAUUUCAUGAUGCAAUGAAGAAAUAGUUGAUUAUUAUAUCAAAAUAAACUCACCACCAAACAGUUGUCAACGACCUUGAGAGUCGCGGAUCUGAACAAAAUUCUAGUUAUGUUGACCAAUCUGAAGAAGAGAUGAACCCAGGUAAAGCGGUUUCCCAGCAUAGGCCCUAGUUCGGCUGCCCAAGUUUCCACUUUGGCUCAAGAAAUACAAUGUUGUUUUCGUUGGAACUUGAAGCUUUGGCAAAAUUUCUGCUAUCACAACACAUUUGGCGUCUUUUGUCAAUACAAUCAAGGCUAACUUGAUAAUGCUGAUCGAGUUUAGCUUUGGUACAACAAAGGGGAGAGAAUUUCUUCUAUAUUGUGAAUAUACUCAAUAAGUACAUACUGAAAUGCAAUAGCAAGAAAAGGGUAAAAACAGGUUAAGUUCAAAGGAAACAUAUUUCUAGUGCUUUUGGCAUUUCUAGGAGACAUAGCAACUUUGGACCUCUAUUGCAGCCAAAUUAGGACUUAUGCAGUCAAACCGCUUCACCAAGAUUCAAAACUAUAACAAACUGACCUAAAUCCAGAAUUUUUUUCCAGAUCCGUGACCCUCGAGGCCAUUCCAUUUGGUAGUCAGUGAGAA